AUGGGGUAUGCUCCUGGGCUGGAUCAGAGCACGAAUCUCAUGCCCCUGCCCAGUGAGAAGCUCUCCCGGGAAUACACGUUUGUGGCCCAGAUGAUUCUGUGUCAGGGCUAUGCAGAAGAAGGGGCUGCCGGGGCCACCUGUGGCAGAGGCUCCCCUCCGGCUGAGGGCAGUGCCCAGGUCCCGGUGCCCGGCUCCCGCCUGUGCCUGUACGAGGACGGCACGGAGGUGACCGAAGACUACUUCCCCGGCAUCCCCGACGACGCCGAGCUCCUGCUGCUCACCGCCGGCCAGACCUGGCAGGGCUAUGUGAGUGACCUCAGCCGCUUCCUCAGCGUCUUUCAGGAGCCACACUCAGCAGUCAUCCAGGCAGCCCGGCAGCUGCUGGCUGAUGAGCAGGCUCCUCUGCGGCAGAAGCUCCUAGCUGACCUGCUGCACAAUGCCAGCCAGAACAUUGCCGCCGAGACCCGCGAACAGGACCCCCCCUGGUUUGAAGGCUUGGAAUCCCGAUUCAGGAAUAAGUGUGGCUACCUGAGGCACAGCUGUGAGAGCCGGAUCCGGGGCUACCUGAGAGAGGUGAGUGCUUACGCCUCGGUGCUGGGUGGAGAAGCACAAGAGGAAUACAGGCGGAUCCUGGAUGCCAUGGGCCAGAAGCUUAAAGAUCUGCGGUACCAUGGCAGCUACUUCGACCGCAAAGCCCCGGCUGGAGUCCGACUCUGCACACCAGAAGGCUGGUUCUCCUGCCAGGGCCCUUUCGACCUGGAUGGCUGCACCUCCAAGCACUCCAUCAACCCCUAUGGCAGCAGGGAGAGUCGAGUCCUCUUCAGCACCUGGAAUCUGGAUCACGUGAUAGAGAAGAAGCGCACCGUUGUGCCCACGCUGGCUGAAGCACUCCAGGAGCGGGGCGGACGGGAGGUGGACUGGGAGUACUUCUAUGGUCUGCUCUUCACCUUGGAGAACCUGAAAUUAGUACACAUCGCCUGCCACAAGAAAACCAUCCACAAACUCCAGUGUGACCACAGCAGGAUCUACAGAGCUGGGACUGGGCCCAGGAGGCGGCGGCGGCCAGCUCGGAAACGCCGGUGAGGGCCGGCCUGCCGUGUGCGGGGCCUGUGCAGACCUGUGACAGGCCAUCUCAUCACUUCAGUAGUUCCUGGGGAAACUUAAGAAAUCUUCCCUUCAGGGGCAAUCGGUACAUUUCUCAGUCUGUUUCCCACGUCCUCUGACAGCCCAACGUCCAAGCGCAGCUCUGGGGUGCACUCCCGGUGGUCAGGGCAGUGGUCUAGAACUCAGGGGCCUUCUCCCCGAUACAGCUGUGCUGCGUGCCCCUGCGAAGGACCUCCACAUCCCUGAGCACCGGGCUGAGCUUGCUGAGUGGCACGAGGGCCUCAAUUCUCUGCUGCUCCCUGCUCCACUGCUAGAUUGCUUAGAAUAGCAUCAUGGCAGAAAUGUUCUAGAUCUCUCAGUGGGAAUAGCUGAUUGUGGCAUUGUGUUGAGCCAUGCGAAAUCCUGUUUUUAUAGCUAAAAAAUGGGUUGGAUAUAUUUAAUUUCAUGGUCCAACCAAAUACAUGCUUAUAAAGCAAAGCUGUAGCAGCUUUACACAUUGGCAUGCCAGUUUUUCCUAUUGCGUGUGGAAACAGAGCUGUGGAGUGCUUGAGCCCUAGCUCUGUGCCUGUGUCUGCCUGUACUGGGUUGAAACUCAGGGCGGUGUGCUUGCUGGUGGUACUUUGCCACAGAAACCCUAGUCCCUUGGUUUUUUAAGUCGUGAGGGGCAUGCCACAUAAGGAGCUGGGCAGGGGUGGGAUCUGAGUACGAUGACUAAUUUCCUAUGUCAUGUACUGUGUUAUACUUGAACAUUUUUUAAAGAAACGAUUAUGUUAUAACAUUGUGUUUUUAAAGCCAUACAUUUUGUAAUACUUAGAUUUUUAUUUUCAUUAUGUAAUCAGAAAAAUAAAGUGUCCAAAACAGA